GUAUCGUGUGCGUUGCGUCUCGUUUGGAAAUUUGUGUAGUGCUUUAUAACGAUUUUAUUAAUGGUCUUUUAUUCUUGAGAUAUGAAGGAACCAUAUUUUGUGGCGGAUCACAGAAUCUUUGAGGAAAUUUGACAAUGUUAGUUCAUGCCAAGUUGGAAAAAAGUGGGGAAAAAAAUACAUCGAAACAUUAUCGGAACUUAUGUCAUACGAUGCACUGACUUCCUCGAUACACAAUCAUUAACCAUCAUUAGUCUUCGUCAUGAGCAGACCCCCACGCAUGCCCGCUCCCUGGGCAGCGGGUACGUGGGCAUUCACUGUCAUGUUAGCCUGUAUGGUGACAGGUCUCCUCGAAGAUGACACGAGCAAUAAGGACCAUAUCGUGCCGUCGUACACUUCUGUAGAUGAUAGUGAAGACUUGCUUGCUUUUCACAAACGCGCUUCGCAGGUCGCUGCCAACUCCCGCUAUUAUGGGCCAACCUUCGAUGGACAGAGCCAAGAGAAGGAAGCGCCCGUCAGGCCUUUCUUUGAGGAAGCGACGUUGGCCAGACAAGGGGGCGAAGUGAAUCCAGAUUCGCUUCACACGGGCGGCAUGACAGAUGCGCAGCGGCAGAUGGUCCAGUUGCUUCAGGAACGGGACUGGAAGGUCGUGGUGCGCGAUCCCGGCUUCAGGGAGCUGCUGAAGAAAGAGAUGGUUCGCUCGGGCGUCCUUCACGACCACGAGUCCAUCAUCCAAGCAGCUGCGAAUGCGGCGGAGAGGGUCGAGGAAUCCACGGAAGGCGACGGCGACGACGAGGAGCUCCUGAGGCAGAUCGCGGACGAGGCGGAGGCGCGAGGUCUGGAUUCCGGGAAGGUCGCCGGGCUGGAGCGCGAGUUGAGGGACGCCCUCCGCCGGGAGCCGCGUCAGAACAGCAUCUACGACGUCCUGGAUGGCGUUUGGAAUUACAAUAGUCCGAAGCCGACGAGGGACAGGACACGGAAUCGUAACGAAGGCUAUAACUCCGGCUCCCCCUUCGCCGUCAUGCCCUUGAACGACAUGAUGGGCAUCUUCCAGGCUCUGAACCGAGAAUACGGCGCAGCCUCCAGCAGCUACGCGUCGCCCCCUAGCUCGAGCUACGGCGCGCCGCCCAAGUCUUCGGGCUACGAGAAGCCUCCGAAGUACGUACACUUGCCGCCGAUCAAGGGCCCCACCUACUACCCUCCGAUCGAGGUCUGUCCCUCGGGCCACAGCGGCGUGUUCGCCUUCUUCGCCUUCAUCACCCUCACGCUGACCCUGAUGAUCGACUUCACGCUCUCGGUCAUGGUGGACAUCAACGCAACUGGCAUCGGCGGCAUCGGUGGUUCGACAGUCAUCAACAACAACAAUAACAAUAACAACAAUAAUAACAAUAACAACAAUAACAACAAUAAUAAUAACAAUAACAAUAACAACGGCCGAUCGUUUAACAUGUUCCCAAAUGACUUCGGUGGUCUGGACAUCGACUGGUCUCUGGUCUCUGAUUUGGACCUCAUCGACCAAGACGUCCUUAGGGAUAUUCGGAAGGCGAGGGACGUGUCCGAUUCCUUCCCCGAAACACCGACGACGGAGAACGACUCGAACAGACCCAGAAUCAUCUUCGAUCGCUGGAAGAAACUCCUUCCGCGCGGAUCGAUGUUCGUCUUCCCAAAGUCUAAGGGCGAAGUGGCCACGACUGCUUCGGAAAUCGAGAGGUUCGGGUUCCUGAAGCAGUACCCCACUUACGGGUCAGAGAAGCCCCAGGCGGAGGACGCCGCGUCUCAACUCCUUGAAGUGGGACAGGGAGUCUUCCAUAGUUCGGCAUCCCUCUUGCGUGCCAGUGAUUUUGAAAAUAUGCAGAAGGGGCAUAUAGAAAAAGAGUUCAGAUUGCAGAGCACUUUGAAUACCAGCUUAUACAGUACUCCGAGUCUUCAUCAACACCUGAACUCUUCUUACCUCUACUUCCAUCCGGAUUAUGGCCCAAAGACCUCCAUUCACGCGACGCCUACCGUUGUCUCCACGUUAACGGCAGCAGUUCCUUUAUCAUCUGCUGUGAAAUUGCCAAAUCAAAUAGAGCCUGAAAAGGGACACGAAGGUCUUAUCAAACAAGAGAAAGCAAAACCACCACCAUCGGAAUUUGAAGAUAAAGACGCCAGCAAGCAAGAAGAUAAACGAGACAUGAAGCGCUCCCUUCCUCCGAUGACGAGACGGCAAAGGCGCGCGCAGCAGAGGCGGGCUCGGAGGUUGUCCAGCACGAGGCCCGAAGACGUGCCGAACCUCCAUUACCAGUCCGUCAUCCUGCCGGGGAACAAGAUCAAUUUGCGCGAGUGGUGCCUAGGAGGUCGAGAGUGCCACGAGGCAGCAGUGAGGGCCAUGUUCAGCGUGACCCGAGGGUAUAUGUUGGCCCUGGCUGAGACGCAGCGACAUUGUGCCCUUUGGUUCAUCUGCGACGCCUCUGCAAAGGCUAUUGCAGAGGGCGCUGUAGGGGCGAUGGCCGCUACUCUCGCUAGCGGCGUAACCAGCCUAUACCCAACUGUCGUGUCUGGAGCUGGCCUUAGAGAAGUUAUUACGGCCAGAAAUGUAGGCCUACGUACUGCCGAUUGCUCUAGGUUCGUCGUUCAGGAAUGUCGCCUGGCCAACCGAGGAGAAGCGGAUUAAGUAACACAUCAGAAAAAAAAACGAAAAAAAACAAACCGCAUGGAUGAGAAUGGAUAAUUUCGCAAAGCAGAAUGUUGCUGGCGAUCCGAUGUUUGUGUUCUGUGAUGGCGGAAGAACUUGUCUUACGUGUGAUGUAGGUAGAAUGUACCUUUAUGGAAAGUUAUUAUCCGUGCGAGUAUGUUAUUGUUUAUAUGAGCUGCUAAAGGCAUUUGUUAAAGACACAUACCAUCAUUAUCAUUAUUAUUACUAUUAUUAUUAUUAUUAUUAUUGUUAUCAUCCGUAUCGUCCUCUUUAUUACUAUUAUUGUCAUUGAUGUUAUUAUUUUUAUUAUUACUCUUGUCAUUAAUACUAUUAUCAUUAUUAUUAUCAUUGUUAUUCAUAUUAUUAUCAUCAUCAUUCUUAUCAUCAGUAUUAGUAUUAUACCUAUUAUCAACACUAUUAUUAUCAUGAUCAUUACUAUCAUUAUCAUUAUUAUUUCCAUUAUCAUUAUUACUCUUAUUAGUAGUAUUAUUGUUACUACCAUCAUUAUAAUUAUAAAUAUCAUUAUCAUUAUCAUUAUUAGUAUUAUUGUUGGCCUUAUUAUUUUUCAUUAUUAUUAUCAUUGUCAUUAUCAUUAUUAUUAUCAUCACUAUUAUUACCACCAUCAUUGUUAUCAUUAUCAUUAUUAUCAUAUUAUUGUUACCAUUAUUAUUAUUAUCAUUGUUAGGAUUAUUAUCAUUAUCACCAUUAUCACAAUU